ACAGAGCAUCCUCAGCAUCUGGGCCGACACAUCUGGACCGGACCAGACGGACGGCCCGGGGCAUCCUCGGCCUCCUGCCCGCCUCCCGCAGCCCCAGCCCGGCCGCCGCCGCCGCCGCGCCCCGCCGCUCCGCUCCGACCUCCGGGAUCCGGGAUGGCGGAGGAGACCCGGGUCAUCUACCACCUGGAGGACCAGGACACCCCAUACCUGAUCCGGAUCGGCGUGCCCGCGCAGCGCGUCACCCUGUCAGACUUCAAACAGGUCCUGAACAAACCCAACGUCCGGUUCUUCUUCAAGUCCGUGGACCAGGACUUCGGCGUGGUGAAAGAGGAGAUCAGUGACGACAAUGCGGCGCUGCCCUGCGUCAACGGUCGGGUCGUCUGUUGGGUGGUUUCGUCAGAAAACUGUCAGCCGGACUUCAAAGGGUCGGACCUGCAGUCUGUGGCCACGCCCACCAGCCUGGCCCCACCCCCCAUCGAACGGACAGGAGGCAUCGGACACUCCAGACCCCCGUCCUUCCACGCCCACGGAGGUCAGGAUGAGCCGGGGUCAAAGGUCAACAGGAGAGAUGGAGCAGAGAGUGGACAGAGCAGAGACGAGGGCGACCGAGAGGGUCACCUGAAUGGACACGCCCACCAACCAUCGGAGCAGAAUGGGGCAGGGACAAAAGGCGGGGACAGCUCGUCAACGCAGCAGAGUAGUGAAUUGGAGACGACAAGUUUCUGCUCCUCAGAGGACGACUCCGGAGGACGGUUCAGCCAAUCGACAGAGCGGAGCAGCUCCUCGCCCCGCCUCUUCAGGCGUCAGCGUCGCCGCCACCGAAAGCCCAAAGCGUCGCGGAUGGAGCGGUCUGUGUCUUUCAGCAGCGUCACUGACUCCACCAUGUCGCUCAACAUCAUCACUGUCACUCUCAACAUGGAGAGGUAUAACUUCCUCGGAAUCAGCAUCGUCGGUCAGAGCAACGACAGAGGAGAUGGAGGCAUUUACAUCGGCUCCAUCAUGAAGGGCGGAGCGGUGGCAGCCGACGGACGCAUCGAGCCCGGAGACAUGUUACUGCAGGUAAACGACAUCAACUUUGAGAACAUGAGUAACGACGACGCCGUCCGAGUUCUGAGAGAGAUCGUCCACAAACCAGGCCCGGUCACGUUAACGGUGGCCAAGUGCUGGGAUCCGAACCCUCGAAGCUGCUUCACGCUGCCUCGGAGUGAACCCGUCCGACCCAUAGACCCCGCCGCCUGGGUGUCCCACACUGCCGCCAUGACAGGGAGGCUCCUCCCACACUACAACGUCCAUGAGGAAAACCACCUGACCAUCCACAGUGACAUGACCGCCAUCGUCAAGGCGAUGGCCAAUCCACAGUCGGGGCUGGAGGUUCGGGACCGGAUGUGGCUGAAGAUCACCAUCCCCAACGCCUUCAUCGGUUCCGAUGUGGUCGACUGGCUCCACAGAAACGUCGAAGGCUUCACCGACCGCCGCGAAGCUCGUAAAUACGCCGGUAACCUGCUGAAGGCCGGAUACAUCCGCCACACCGUCAGUAAGGUCACCUUCUCAGAGCAGUGUUACUACGUGUUCGGAGAUCUGUGUGGAGAUCUGGGUCUGAUGUCUCUGCUGGACCAUGAGGGGACGUCCAGUCGAGGGGGGUUAUCGGACCAGGAGCCCCCGGCCUUACCCCACCCGCACCCAGUCCCUCACCCCUACAGCUCAGUGUGGAGCAACAGCGGCGGUGGUAGAGGAGGGGGGCGGAGCCACCACAGUGAUGGAAGUGGCAGCAGCAGGUCAAACUACAGCGAAGAGCAGAAGGAGGGAGAAGAAGAAGGCAGCCAAUCAGGGAUGACCAAACAGGAAGUGAGCAGUCCGCCUGUGGAAUCCCCCGGUGAUGACAAAGCCCAUCAGUCCCCGCCCCCUAACACAGACUCCACCCCCUCUCAGGGUCCUGUUCGGGAACUAUCGUCCGUCCCCCCUGAAGUCUCCGCCUCCCGACAGUCCUUCCGUCUGGCUAUGGGAAACCCCAGCGAGUUCUUUGUGGAUGUCAUGUGACACUGUGGUUAUGAUGUCACGUCCUGAACUUUGAGACAACUUGCUGAAAUCUAUUUAACGUAACGUACGGAUACGCGAAGGCUGAACGAGCACUGUGACAUCACAACCACAACACCUCCAGAAGAUGGUUGGACUAACGACUCUGAGCAAAGAUGGACGACGCAACCAACGGGUCUGCAUGAUGUGGUGAUGAGUCCGAGGGCGAUCAGUAACUAACCCAAACAACCAAUGGACUAUUUCCAAUUCCAAUGACAUCUCAGUACCCCCCCCCCCCCCCCCCCCCCCAAAA